AGUUGAAACACUUGUUGGACUCCCGUUUGCAUUGCGUGUGUGCGUCACAGCUGUGCCACCCCAAAGUCAUUCCAGUUUUCUAGUGUAGCUAGCUAAGUAAUCUGGAUUGACAAGAAUCUAGAAUGUCAUAUAGAACAUUUGAGGACGUGAAGGACGUCAUUCUAUCAGCCCACAAAAACACAGAGGCCGGGGAUAAAGUCGGCUUUUACAACACCUGGGCAGAGAACUAUGACCAGGACGUGGGUCUUCUGGACUAUCGUGCGCCGAGUCUGGCGGCAAACUGCCUGUCCCCCUGUUUCCAUGGCGACCGGGUGACAGCAGUGAUUCUGGACGUGGCCUGUGGCACUGGAUUGGUCGCAGCACAGCUGAAGAUAAUGGGCUUCAGGCAUUUUGUGGGCGUUGAUGGGAGCAAAGGCAUGUUGGAACUGGCCAAUAAGACGGGCCUCUACCAGGACCUCAAGCAAUGCAUGCUGGGAGACGAACCACUUCCUGUCCAAGCUGGGCAGUUUGAUGUGGUAGUGAUUGUUGGGGCGCUAAGCGACGGCCAGGUGCCAGUGAGAGUCCUCAGAGAGUUGUGCCAGGCCACCAAACCAGGUGGUUACGUCUGCAUGACAACCAGAGGUAACCAUGACAACCUGGAGUACAAGGCAGCGCUGGAGCAUGAGCUGGAGCUGAUGGAGGGGGCGGGGCUCUGGGGUCACGUGGCGAUCACGGAGGUGGAGGAGUGGGAGAAAGCCGUAGCGGAGCCGGAGAAGGGGUACAUACCUGGAGUGGUGUAUGUUUACAGGAAGUCAUCCCAGUGACAUUAUCACAAACACUUGUACAGGUUUUUUUUGCCAAAUAAUUUCCAUGUAAAUAAUUUGUCCAUGUAAAUGGACAAUAAAGUAUAUUGUAUCACAUUGACCUCAUCACAGUAACAGACCUGUAACACCCCAGUACAGUAACACACCUGUACAGGCCAUAACAGUGACAUCAUGGUAACACCCCUGUACAGUAAGACACUUGUACAGGCCAUAACAGUGACAUCGCUGUAACACCCCUGUACAGUAACACACCUGUACAGUCUGUGACAGUGGCGCCCUCCAUUGGCAUUGAGCGGCCAUCUUUGAAGGCAGCUACUAUUCCAAAGAUAAAGAUGCCUAGAAAAUGCUUAUCCAAUAGAAAUCCCCUCAAUCACGCUUGUAGACAAUGUUAUGGCGACGUUAGCCAGUGAAGAUCAUCCACAGAAAAAUGUAAUCAGGUCUAACGGUCGUGUUGCUCCCCGAACUGCGCCAUUUUAGCUAGUGGCCAUUACAGAGUGUCUAUAUACCAAAUAUUGAAUGAAUCUGAGUUGCGUUUCAUGAGGAGAAGAAUUUUAAAGUAAUUUAGCAUUAGCUUUAUGCUAGCCCUUUUUUGUCAAACUUCAAAGACCUGUGUUGUCUUUGGAGAUAUCAACAACAAACGUAUUUAAUUAUGAUCAAUAAUGUACGAAUUGUAUUUGAUCGUUUGGCUGAUAGAACAAAAUAGCCUGGAUUUAUAGGCAUCAAAGUUUGUGAGAAGUCGUCGUCAGACAAGCCAGUUGCAGCUUCAGAAGUUGCACAAGUAAAGUUUGCGUGAGUAAUGCAGAGUAAUUCUGGAGGUGGACAUGGUGACAUGUAGAUGCAAGUCAGACAAUUUUGUGUCCCCAAAAUGCAACAUACAUUGAAAGUUGGUGAUCAAUGGAAUCGGGUCAGAGCAUUUAUUUUGUAUCAUUGUUAAUAAUGUUUCUUGAACUAUUUGUAAUCGUAUACUGUCUAUAUGGUUUUUGGUUGUUUGUUUAUUUUUCAUACGGUAGUCAUUUAUGAGCCUUUAGCUGUUGUGAUUAUCAUGUAUGUCUAUUGUCUUUAUUGGUGUUUAAACUCAACCAACUCAAAUCAUCAAAUCAAAUGUUUUUAUAAAGCCCUUUUUUACAUCA